AUGACAUUAAAUUUAGAAAACUUUUUAUUAAAAGAUAUAAAAAAUUUAUUCAACGAUCAAAAUUACUCUAAUGUAGUAAUUCAAGUUGGUCGACACCCUGAUACUAAUAACUUCAAAGCACAUUCUUUGAUAUUACGAGCUAGAUCAUCAUAUUUUCGGUCGGCUUUAAAAACAAAUGAUGGUCAGGUAUCUACAUUGAAUUUACCAGAUAUUUCUCCUCAUGUGUUUGAACACAUUUUAAACGGAACAAUUAAUUUGAACUACACAUCACUGAGAUCUAUAUAUUUUGAAAUAUUAAUCGCAUCAUCCGAUCUAAAACUUACGGAACUAAUCGAUCAUCUUCAGACCCACCUUCUUACUAAUGAUACCGAAUGGAUUCAUGCUAAUUUACUUAAAGUUCUAUACCUCACAUUUACUCAUCCAUCGUACUUCCACCUAUCCAAAUUUUGUCAGAAUAUUUUCAACACGCAAUCAGCACAAAUAUUUAGUUCAUCAGAAUUCAUCGAUCUAGAAGAACAAUUCUUAAUUAACAUAAUUGAACGUAACGACCUUCAAAUUGACGAAAUAGUAAUUUGGGAAGCCGUUAUUCGGUGGGGAAUCGGAAAAUUGCCAUCUCUGAGUGAGGAUGUAAAGGAAUGGACGAAUAAAGAGUUUAUUAAACUAAGAAAAGUAGUAAAAAAUUUAUUACCGCAUAUUAGAUUUUUUAACAUUUCGGGGUUAGAUCAUAGAACUAAAAUCCGACCGUUUAAAAAAAUUUUGGGAAAGGAAUUGAGAGAGGAAAUUAAGGACUUUUUCUUUGCAAAGAUUCCACCAACAAAGUUUCAACAACUUCCACCUCGUAUUAUAGGAGGUUCGAGUAAUGAGAAUGAAAAUCACGUUAAUAACCAAGUCGUAAAUAAUUUAUAUGUUAAUCAAGCUAAUUCAGUUGGAAAAGAUAUUGGUAAUAAUUAUCAUAAAAUGGAAACAGGAAAUAGUAGUAAUGAUAAUGAGACUAAUAAUGCUAGUAAUUCACCUAAACCAAAAAAAGAUAACCAUGAUAUAGUGGCGAGAGUAAAGUUAGCCAAAUUCGCAAUCUGGAAUUCACAAAAGAAUCCAGGAUUUAGUUUAGAUUUACGAUGGUUUAGUGGUACCUGUACUCCUAAGGCGUAUGAUAAACCUAUUUUUGACGAUAAAGUAUUUUCCCUCACAGACUUUGAGGUGUUCAAGGUUGAAAAAAAGUGUGUAAAUGAUGCACAUACGAGGAAGAGAGCUAGAAUAACUAGAGUAGAGGAUGAAGAAGAGGAAUUGGAUUUUGAUUUAGAUGAGGGAGAUUAUGGUGGUGAUAAUGCUGAAAAGAGGCUUAAAUU